AUGAGGUCAACUCAGGGAAACAGACAUCGAAGAGAUGCCCCUCCACAAGGCCCGGCACAGCUCCCCCGAACAAAUCCCCCCGUACCGACGCCCAUUCACCCAUCAAACAGACACCAGCUGAAACCCACUGCAAGAAGGAAAUCUUGGAGGAGAGCCACCAUAACAAGACGCUCUCUCCCUGCCCUUCCCAACCCAUAUCAGGUUUUGUGCAGGAGUAUAAGUCCAUCCUUAUCACCGCAAGAGAGGCUGGAGAAACUGAUGGAUGCUUCAAUGAGGCUGGCAAUAGAAAGAACUCAAGAUUCCCUGCAAUCGGUGCCAAACACAUCAUUGGAGGCUUUUAAAAAACAAGUUGAGGUUUUGCAGAAAGAGUGGGGUCAUUUGGCCAAAAGCAUACGCGAUGAACACCAGAGUCAUCAGCUCCCUGCUUGUGCAGCCAGUGAUUCUGCAGUGCAAAGAGCCAUGCAAAAAGUCCAGAAAGCCAUCAACAGGCUUCAGGCUGAAAGUGAAUCUUGGGAGGCACUGUUGAACAAACACCAGAGCAAAGCAGAGGAAUUGGAGAGGAAAGUGGAGCAGGGCCAGGAACGAGGCAUAUCAUUAGACUCUACAUCUGUGGCCCAGUCCUCCCAGUACCAUUUCAUACAGAGCAAACCCGACUAUCACAGUCUCCUCUGCAGACAGCAGCCUAUGCUUCACACCAUGGCCAUGAUUAUGGACACUCAGAAUAAGAUGGUUAGAAAGCUUCUGUCCAUCAAAGAGCAGUCACAGCUAGUGGUGAAAGAGACCAGUGGCCGAUUGGCUGCAGAGGCAGGAUUCCAGGAUCUUCCACCUGACCCCAUCAGGAACCUCAUGGCACUACCUUUAUCCUCAACUACAUAGUCACACAGGCAGAAGGCAAGCACUAGCAAUCAAUCAUCUGAUAGACCAUGACUCUUUAUGACUUGUAUAUAAAGCUCAAAUAUGUGUACUUUCUGCUUAUUUCACUGUUAUAUGAUUUAGGAAAAUAUAAUUUCUUAGCUCUGUUCUUGUUGUCUCAUGUUAUUGGAUGAAGUAAACUCUUGGUUUUAUGUUUUCUGUGUCAAAUAAAACCAUCAGCAGCAGGUUUGGUUAGAGAGGUCGCCCAGGUAGUGCAAGUGCUUGACCAGCAGGUGGCAGUGGCUGGCUAUACAAAUUUAAGAGAAGCUUGGUGAAUGGCCAGAGUGGAUUUUUCUGUUAGGCUUUAAUGAAGUGAAUUCUCACCUGUAAAACCUGAAACUGAUGAGAUUAGUGCCAGCUGAUAGAAAUUAAGGAAAAGAGAAACGUUUCAGAAAACUUUGCUAACAUUCUGCAAAACAAGCGUAUCAGCUUCUUCAUAGAAUAAGCAAAUAAUAGAAACCAAACUGGUUUUAUCUUUAACAGUUUGAAAUCUGAAGACAGUGUCGACAUUUUAAGUGGUCUAAUCACUGCUGUUUAAAAAAUAUCGCCAAACAUGACAAAGGGGUCAAGUCAUGCUGGUAUACAUGGUGUCAUUUUCAAAAAGCGUCAGUAACUCAGUGAUGAAAUUUGCCAAUUUUUUUCCAGUCAAAAUUGACAUGUGCAGCAGUAAAGGACUGACAAUAAAAAAUAUUGAAUAUAAGUAAAUUAUACACUACAGUCUGCCUAUACUCCAUUUACAGUCCCUUUUACAUGCUCAUCCUUACUCUCUUUUUGGUGCUGCAUCUAUUUCACUUCAUCAGUGUCCCCUGACCAUUCAGGAGGAGGCCCCUCCCCCCACAGUGACUCACCCCCAUCUCUUGCAUUUGGCUGGGUCACUGAUGCAGAACGAAGCUUUGACAUUGUACCAGUCAGUCAAAGCUUUGUUCGCUAUCACUCCCCAUCUCUUGGUAUCAUUCACUCAUUUAUGUUCAUACUUAAUUUUGAUGAUUACAUUAAGAAGAAUCGCGCCUUUUACCCGCUGCCAACAAUAAAUAAAGAGCGAAUGACUUCCUGUGCUCUGCUGUUAUG